UUGGAAUCGGCAGGUUAAACUUUUUAAAAGAUUGGCGAUCGGCCAGAAAACUGCAAUCGGUGCAAUAUUUACUGCAGUUCUGCUGUAAAAAGCAGCAGAACUGUUGCUUGUUGUUACAAACAAAAUGUAUGUAUGGUAAUGUGAUAAUUUAAAUGAAUAUUACAUUUUUUAUUGUAUUUCUUAUUUUUGUGGGAAGCACCCUGAAUUUGCUUUAAUUUGCCUUAACAGCUAACCUACUAUUAAAAUAUUUAAGCCUUAAACAUAAUGUGUAGCUGAAACUUCAGCAAAAAACUGAAAAAUAAAGUGUAUCAUAUCUACAGUAUAUGAAAGAUUUGUUGAUGUGAUUAUUUAUUUUAAUGAAGUCAUUCCAGGGUAGAAAUACUGUAAAGCACUAAAGACUGUUUGGGAAAUAAAGUGACAUCUAUUGUCAUUUUAAGAUAAGCAUUUAAAUGCAAACAAGUGCAAAGAUGCACUUUCAAUAACAGCUUGAUCUAUGUAAUCACUUUUAGCCAAGCUGUAUUAAUCAGCAUUUAAACUCAAUGUUUUUAUUUUUUGAGAUAUAAAUAGAAUUAUUUUCAAAUAAAAUAGGGUCUAUUUUUGGGAAGUUUUAAUCUUUACAAAUGGACUGGAAAGUAAAUAAUUCGGUUGGAUAACAUAUUUAAUGGAUUUUUCCUGUGAAAUGGGCUCGAUGAUAACUUCUUAGUAAGAUACAGACGGUGAUUCAAUAAGAUCUGAAGGUAUUUUUAAUUGUAAAUCAUUAACAACGUUUAAACCUUAAUAAUUCACAUUCUAAUCAGACAUAGUCGCUUCAUUUUCCUGCCUGAAUGCUUCUUACUUUCUUCUUAAGCUAGCUCCUGGCCAGAGCUAGUUUCUGUGUACUGCCUACAUCCCCCAGAAUGCUAUGCAGUUCUGGGGAGUUUGGUGCUGAAAUAUUAUCUAUUGAUGUUAAUCAUGUGCCUAUCAGAUCGUUAUUGACUUCUUGUCCAGGCUUACUAUAAACUGUAUUUGUGUAACUUAUAACACCAAACGAAAAUGAGAAAAUGUUCUACUGUAGCAGACAGUCAUUAAUCAGAACAAAUAACAAUAAUUACAAUAGUUUUCACCAUCAGUUGUUAUACAUAGAUCAUUACAUUAGCAGUCACAGAUUAUUCUAUUUACAUUUCAAGUUACUCAAAUAAACCUCCGUCCCAUUUACCAACCUGGAUCCCUGAUCAGCUGAAGCUCAAACUGUUGAUUUUUAUUCUUUUUUUAACCUUUUCUGUUUAUUGCUGUUAGCCUUAUGGGCUAGAACUGUGUUCUGUUACCAUAGCUACCUUAACAAGAAAGUUUCCAAAAUAAAAGCAUAUGACCUUAAAGACAGUUACAUUAAACUGGUAGCUUGACUCAGUUGGCCUUUCCAUUAGCUAAAUUUAACUACAUUAUAGAUAUUAUAUAAUAGUUAAUAUACAUUAAAUUGUUGUUCAGUUGCUGAAAUUAUCCACAAAACUAGUUAAAGUUAAGAUGUAAAUCCAAAUAAAUUGUAUAUUAAAUGUGAAAGUUAUUUAUAAACCAUCAAUGGAUGACAUAAAACAGGAAUGUGACACAUUAAUAAAAUUAUUUUAUGGUUCCUCUGCAUUUUGUUUUGGUGGCUUUCUGCUUUCGUUUUAAAUAUGAAAAAGAUUUUUCUCUCUUUGCAGCCAAAAACCUUCAACAGAGACACCAAAUUCACAGGUGGACAAAGGAAAGCAGAACAAUUUAAGACUAUAUUUUGACAAGAACAAUCUGUUUGUGUGUUUAGACGUGUUCAGUCAGGACAUAACUGUGGUUUUGGACAGGAAGAGCUCAAAGGUGACACUUCUCAUAGUGCAGGUUGAUGUUAUUUCCUGCUCAAGAGUUUGUUGCCAGAAAGAGAAAGUCUUUCACUGAAGGAGUUGAUGAUGUUUUUGUUUCUGAUGCUGGCUCUUCUGAUCAAUAAUGAACCAGGAAUUGAUGCUUUCACUUCAGUUUUCGUGCGAACGGGUGGCGAUGUUUUUCUUAACGUCUCAGAAGCAGAUGUCCCGAACGAUUAUCACCUCCUUUUAUGGAAAUUUGUCACAGAUGAUGUCUUGGUGUCUUUCUUUCCAAAUGGAAAAUUAAACGUGCGUAGGGCUUAUGGUGGGAGAAUAGACGUUUUGGCAAAAAAAUACUCCAUAAAAUUAAAAAACCUCCAAAAAUCUGACAGUGGACUUUAUACGGCGAUAGUAACAGCAGCGUCAGAAGAAGUACUGGCUCAAUACAACGUCACAGUUCAAGAUCCGGUGGGUCCGGUCGAUCUCACCGUCGAUUCCGUGUCCAGCGACUCGUCCUCCUUCACGGCGACCUGCACCGCCGACGGCACCGACAUCAGCAGCACUUUCAGAUGUACCGCCAAAACCUGCCUUCAAGAGGGGAGAGAGGGAUCAAAGGUCACCAAAUCUGGUGCUGCCCUCCAUGUCUGCCUGUCCCGUUCAGCCGUUGUCUGUAACCAUAGCAACCAGGUCAGCUGGAUGGAGAAAACAGCCGAGAUUGAUCACCUUUGUCCGAAGAAUGCCGGUCCAGACGAACCCCAUGGAUUUUCCAUUUGUUACGUGAAGAAAGUCGUUUUCUCGGUGGGUCUGAUCGUCAUGGUGUUGGUCGUCAUCGCCGUCCACCUCAAGGAGAAAUUCAGCAAACACAAAUAACCGGUUACCUACUUAUUAAAAAAUAUUACGUUUUCUGAUAUAUUUUUUUCUAUUAAGUUACUUAGGAAUUGAUAUUUUAUAUAUUGUUCCUUCAUAAUAACAGUUAUAAGACCAUUGUUAUUCCUUUUCUUUUUCUGCUCAUCUGAUCUCACUUUUAUGAUUUGUUUGGUGCACGUUUAUUAAUUCAAUUAAGUUUUUUAUUUAUAUGGCGCUAUUUCACAAUAAAUGUAAUCUUGAUGAACUGUACAAAAAAGUAAUUUCAAUUUAUUGACGCACACAUUCCAAUUGAUUCUAGUUAUUAGUUCACCCAUUUGUACGGAAGAUGAUUAGGGCCAAAAGAAAAAGUAAAGAAAAUUUUGGACUUUUUUUUAAAAAAAAAAAUUUUUUUUAAACUAAGAAUCAGAAUUGUUUAAAUUCAAAUUUAAUCGUAAAAACUCAAAUCUGUCAAAAGAAAUUUGGGAUACAUUUUCAGCGUAUAUAAAGUUAAGGUUUAAAAAUCCUAUAACAAGAAAUAAACGGUUAUGUAAUUAUUUCUCAUAUGGUAACAACACAAUUGACUUGCAUCUAAGAAUGUUUGGUAAUUUAUUUGGAUUUUGACAUAAAUGUUUGACACAGAAUCAGAAUUCUGAGUUUAAAAUCAGGAUUCUGAGAAAAUGUUGAAUUUAAAUUCUGAGGUUAAAAACAAAAUUCUGAAAAGAAGUGAAAAUUUCCUGAAAACAGUCAAACCUAUUAAGGAAUUUUGAUAUUAAAGAUUUAUUUACAUCCUGAAACAAAGAAACAAAUCUUUACUGACAGUUUCUGAGGCUUCGUUGAAGUUCGACUGUUAUAUGAGAAAAAGUUUGGGAGGGCUGAUUAUUUUUAUAAAAUCUGGUCGUCAAAGAGAAAAACGAUUCUGGUUUAGAAACCUCAUGGUCUCUUCACUGCUCUGCAAAGGAUGUAGUUUUGUACCAAUCAUCAAGUUAUGACACUUAAUGUUCUCUGGAGCAGUACUCACCUUUAGAGACCUUUAGUUUUAGUCAGGAAACCACAUGCAGGAACUAACAUGUGGACGAGAGUUUAUUUAAUUCUCAAUCUGCAUGUAGAGGAAAAUCCGUUUCUAAAACAGCAAAGCAAAAAGCAUGUCGCUGCAACUUACCCAUGUAGGUGGAAUCCCCCUGAUAUCCGAGUUAAUUUUAAAUUUACAUCCAGAGUAAAUGGCUUCACUUCACCUUCUGAAGUUCAGAGCU